AUGUCGUGGUCAACCCUCCUGAACGACGUCACCUACCGCGACCGACCAAACAACAACGCCCCAAACACCACCUCCCCCUCCAACACAAUCACCACAGCGGACGCGCGCUCGCAAAUCUCGCGCGCGCGCUCCUACGCCUCCACGGCCGCCACGAGCGUCAGCAUAAGCGGCGACAUCUCCAGCCAGCUGCAUGGAGGCUACUCGCACCCGCUGGCGCGCGCCUGGCAAGCGGAGCGCCAGCUGACGAAAGCAAUGCUCAUGUGGCCGCUCUUCGUCACCGACAACCCGGACGAGGAAGAGAUUAUCCCCUCCCUCCCCGGGCAGAAAAGAGUCGGGCUCAAUAAGCUCGUUGCCCUGCUGCAGCCGCACAUUGCCCGCGGGCUCAAGUCCGUCAUCCUCUUCGGCGUCCCGCUCGCUCCGGGAUGCAAAGACGCCCUAGGCACCGCGGCAGAUGAUCCGCAGGGGCCCGUCAUAAGCGCCAUCCGCCUGCUCCGCCGCGCCUACCCGCGCCUCUUCAUCGCCGCCGACGUCUGCCUGUGCGAAUACACUUCCCACGGCCACUGCGGCAUCCUGCACGAAGACGGCAGCCUCAACAACGCCCUCUCCGUCGACCGCAUCUCCGACGUCGCCAUGGCGUACGCCGAAGCCGGCGCCCACUGCGUCGCCCCCUCCGACAUGAACGACGGCCGCAUCCGCGCCAUCAAGCUCAAGCUCAUCGAAGCGGGCAUCGCGCACCGCGUCAACCUAAUGAGCUACGCGGCCAAAUUCUCCGGCUGCCUGUACGGCCCCUUCCGCGACGCGGCGGGCUCCGCGCCCUCCUUCGGCGACAGGAGAUGCUACCAGCUCCCGCCUGGGGGCCGCGGAUUAGCCCGCCGCGCCAUCACGCGCGACAUUGCGGAAGGCGCGGAUAUCAUUCUCGUCAAGCCGGCGACGCAGUUCCUCGAUAUCAUUAGUGAUGCCAAGGAGAUUGCGAGGGAUAUGCCGAUUGCUGCGUACCAUGUUAGCGGCGAGUAUGCCAUGAUCCACGCGGCGGCGAAAGCCGGAGUGUUUGAUUUGAAGACAAUGGCUUUCGAGGCGACCGAGGGGAUUUUGCGCGCCGGCGCGAAUAUUGUCAUUUCCUACUUUACCCCGAACUUCUUGGAGUGGCUGGAGACGUGA